UCUCAGUUGCUCAUCACCUCCAACUUCUAGUUCUUCCACUUCUCCUUAUAUUCUCACCCAACUUUUCCCAACUUUACUUUACUAUACUUUUCAUUUCCUCCGUUUUUGGUACCGAAUAUCCCAUUUCCAUAUAUUAUAUAGUUUUAUUUCUCAGUAAAACAGGAGGAAAAAAAAAAAAAAAAACCAUAUAACCAUGGGUAACGCCGACCUUGUAUACCCGUCGGAAAAUGAGGGGAUUUCCCACCGGGUGGAGAUUCCACCACCGCAACCCUUUAUCAAAACAUUUCAGUACUCUCUCAAAGAGACUUUCUUCCCUGACGACCCACUGAGGCAGUUUAAGAACCAACCCGCUUCUAGAAAAUUCAUCUUGGGCCUCCAGUAUUUCUUGCCAUUCCUUGAAUGGGCUCCUCGUUACACUCUUCAGUUCUUCAAAGCUGAUCUUAUCGCCGGCAUCACCAUCGCCAGUCUUGCCAUCCCUCAGGGGAUUAGUUAUGCCAAGCUAGCUAACUUGCCGCCAAUCCUUGGCCUAUAUUCAAGCUUUGUUCCACCUUUGGUAUAUGCCAUGAUGGGAAGCUCAAGAGAUUUGGCCGUCGGAACUGUGGCCGUGGCUUCACUUCUCACAGCUUCCAUGCUUGGGAACGAGGUUAAUGCUGCUGAGAACCCCUCACUUUAUCUUCACCUUGCUUUUACAGCGACAUUCUUCGCCGGAGUAUUUGAAGCUGCCCUGGGCUUGUUAAGGCUAGGGUUUAUCGUGGAUUUCUUAUCACAUGCAACAAUAGUAGGGUUCAUGGCAGGAGCAGCCACUGUUGUGUGCCUGCAACAGCUUAAAGGAAUUCUUGGGCUCGAUCAUUUCACUCAUGGCACAGAUGUUGUGUCUGUCAUGCGCUCUGUCUUUAGCCAAACGCAUGAGUGGAGAUGGGAAAGUGGAGUUCUAGGAUGUGGUUUUCUUUUCUUCCUCCUGAUAACCAGACACUUCAGCAAGAAAAGGCCAAGGUUCUUUUGGAUAUCAGCCAUGGCACCAUUAACGUCAGUUAUCUUGGGAAGCCUUCUGGUUUAUCUCACUCAUGCCGAGAAACAUGGCGUUCAAGUUAUAGGAAACUUGAAGAAGGGGCUGAAUCCACUGUCCAUCACGGAUCUUGUAUUGGUUCCGCCUCAUCUGACAACUGCUAUUAAAACUGGCAUUGUCACGGGUGUUAUUGCUCUCGCUGAGGGUAUAGCAGUAGGGAGAAGCUUUUCCAUGUUCAAGAACUACCAUAUUGAUGGAAACAAAGAGAUGAUUGCUUUUGGGACGAUGAACAUUGUUGGAUCAUUCACUUCUUGCUACCUCACCACUGGGCCUUUUUCGAGAUCUGCGGUGAACUACAAUGCAGGAUGCAAAACGGCAGUGUCAAACAUCGUCAUGGCAAUUGCCGUCAUGUUCACUUUGCUAUUCCUCACACCCUUAUUCCAUUACACUCCACUGGUUGUUCUUUCAGCCAUCAUUAUAUCUGCAAUGCUGGGCCUCAUUGAUUAUGAAGCUGCCAUGCACCUUUGGAAAGUUGACAAGUUCGACUUCGUUGUGUGCAUGAGUGCCUAUGUUAGUGUGGUUUUUGGCAGCGUCGAAAUUGGUUUAGUCCUUGCGGUUGCCAUAUCUUUGCUAAGGGUGCUUCUUUUUGUUGCAAGGCCUAGAACCUUUAUUCUUGGUAACCUUCCCAAUUCCAAUGUAUACAGAAAUGUUGAACAAUAUCAGAAAGCAAGCAGUGUUCCUGGAGUUCUCAUACUUGAGAUUGAUGCUCCCAUUUACUUUGCCAACUCCAACUACUUAAGAGAAAGGAUCACAAGGUGGAUUGAUGACGAGGAAGAUAGGAUAAAAUCUUCAGGGGAAACCACCUUACAAUAUGUGAUAUUGGAUAUGACUGCUGUUGGUAACAUAGACACAAGUGGGAUAAGCAUGAUGGAUGAGGUCAAGAAGAUUAUUGAAAGAAGAGGUCUACAGCUUGUAUUGGUCAAUCCUGGUGGGGAAGUGAUGAAGAAGCUGAACAAGUCUGAUUUGAUAGAAAAGAUAGGACAGCAAUGGAUUUAUCUAACGGUUGCAGAGGCUGUUGGAGCCUGCAACUUCAUGCUUCAAACCUGCAAACCCAACCCUGCCAAAGAUGAAUCAACUGGGACAUGGAACAACGUUUGAGACUUUUUAUCAUCUGAGUUCGACCAGCAUCCAUUCACUCUAACUUUUUAAAUUACUUCAAGAGAGUGCAAUAUAUAUAUAUAUAUAUAUGUAUACGGGACUCAUUGAUGGAUCAAAAUCCAAAAAUCAAUGAGUCUCUUUAAUAUGAAGUAAGGUCCAUGGUUGAGUUGGAAGUAUUUUUCUUCUUCCAACAUUAUGUAAUUUGUAAAUUGUAUAUUAGUCAAUGAAAUUCCAAAUGGAGAGUAUGUUUGGAGCAAAAA